AUGAUUCCUCCCCCUAAAAAUCACUGUUAUAUUUGGGUACCUCAUGCGGAGCUCCCCCCCAUUCACACCUGCUGUAGGCCCCGGUUGCUCCUUGGAGAGUACCUGAGUAACAGAUACCAAACUCCCCACGGCCUGAACAAGCAGGACCCGCCAGGCCCCUUGGCCCUCUUUCCCUUCCUGCUUCCCCCAACCUGGCCUGGCUCGGGCUGGGACCACCCCCUCCGGGACUGCCAGGACAGGGGCCAGACGGAUCCGCGGCCUCCGGCACUCUUUCACGGCGCCAUCUUGAGAAGGGAAGAGGGUGACACCCGUCGCUCCCUCAGCCAGUCUGCAAAUCCUGGUCUCCAGACCUGCUUGAGGAAUGAAUCACCAGGGCCAGCAGGACGAGACGCCAGGCUCGAUAGCUCUGGACCAGCCGGCGGCUCCGUCGCGAACCAAAACACAAACACUCAAGUCCCAGCGCGGGAACCACUUCCGCCGCCAGGCGCCGGCCUCGCCGCCACGUCGAGGCACGUAGCGAACUACGCCUCCUCGUCACUUCCGCCGUCGCCAGUGCGCUCUCUCCGUCUGCUCCCCCGCCCCUUGUCGAAGCCCUGGCGGCCGGGCCUGGUUUUCGGGGCCGGGUGGGCCGUGUCACGUGACCUCGGCGAGAGGCCGCGUCGGAUUCAGCCACCUCCCACCUCCCUCCCACAUCCCAGAACACUGUUACCACCCAUCACUGCAGGUUUCACUUUGGCCAGGACACCAACUCCUCUGGAUGGCAUCUGAAGAUACAGUGGACCCUUGAACAAUGCAGGGGUUAGGGGCACUGACCCCACCCAAUUGAAAGUCUGCAUGUAAUGUUUGGCUCCCCCAAAACUUGAGUACUAAUAACCCAGUAUUGACCAGAAGCCUUACCAAUAACAUGUUGUAUGUUAAAUGUAUUACAUACUGCACUCUUACAAUAUUACCUUUCACUUAAUUUUUUUGGUAUUUCUAGGCUAUGCCAUUUGCAAAUUUUUUCAAAAUUUUGCAGAUCUCCAAAAAAAUUUCUGAUAGAUUUAUUUUAAAAAAAUCUGCGUGGGGCG